AUGAGAGGGAGUAUAGCAGGAGGAGGAAGAGGUGAGAGUGAUCAGGAGGGUGUGGAUGAGAGCUGCUAUUGGUUCACCUCUGGGUGGUUGUCAUCAUCACACUGCUGUACCUCAGGGACCUGUCAGUGGAAAGGUCUGCUCUCACCCAGCAGCAGUGUCGUGGCUGUGCUUAGAGUCGAUGAUGAGGAAAAAAUGACCACUGGUGCUCAGGCCAUGCCGAGUGAAUCAGUCUGUACCAUGGUGCUUCAGAUCCUGGGUCCAUUCCUCCUGGCAGGCUUUGGCACAGUGAUGGCUGGCAUGCUGCUGAACAUUGUGCAGCACUGGGACGUGUUUCGGAAAGUAACAGAGAUCUUCAUCCUGGUGCCAGCAUUACUUGGCAUGAAAGGCAACCUGGAAAUGACACUGGCAUCAAGACUCUCUACAGUGGUGAACGUUGGCAAAAUUAACUCCUCAAGAGAGAAGUGGAAACUGAUCAUUGGAAAUCUUGCCCUCAAGCAGGUUCAGGCUACAGUUCUGGGUUUCCUUGCUGCUUUGGCAGCCUCUGCACUCGGAUGGGUUCUGGAUGAGAAAUUGACCAUAAACGAUACAGCACUGUUAUGCUGCAGUAGUGUAGUGACAGCAUUCAUGGCAUCGUUAUUGCAAGGUAUCAUUAUGGUGGGCGUGAUUAUUGGCUCAAAGAGGACCGGGAUUAAUCCCGACAACAUAGCAGCACCAAUUGCGGCUAGUUUUGGUGACCUCAUCACUUUGGGGUUGCUUGCCAUCAUCAGUCAAAGGCUUUUAUUUUGCAUUGAGCUCUACCCCUAUGUUAUCUAUGUAGUGUGUGUCGUCUUUCUGUGCCUGACACCAGUCUGGGUGUUAAUUUCGUUUUGUCACUCUGAGAGCCACAAACUGCUGUAUAAUGGUUGGGAACCCAUAAUCACAGCCAUGGUUAUUAGCAGCAUGGGUGGACUCAUUCUGGACAAAACCAUUACUGACUCAAAUUUAGGUGGACUAGUGGUUUACACCCCUGUGAUAAAUGGUGUUGGUGGUAACCUGGCUGCCAUCCAGUCCAGCCGUAUAGCCACGUACCUUCAUUUUCACUGCUCCCUGGGAAGGUUGCCUGAGGACAAAAAGUGCUAUUACUGUCCAUUCUACACCUUUUAUGGCAAAGGAUAUAACAACAGAACAGCUCGAGUCCUACUUCUUCUGGCCAUUCCAGGCCAUGUGGUCUUUCUUUUAAUUAUUUAUCUAAUGCAAGGUGCCAACACCAGCCCAACACCAACCUUCAUCACCCUCUACUUGGUUGCAGCCCUAAUUCAGGUAUUUCUACUGCUGUGCAUAGCUGACUGGAUGGUUCAUUGCUUGUGGAAGUAUGGUCGAGACCCUGAUAGCUUUUCUAUCCCCUAUUUAACAGCCUUGGGGGAUCUACUGGGCACUGGCCUAUUAGCUCUUUGUGUUUUUGCUGUGGGUGAUUAAUGAUAAGGACACACUUUUGGGUGACUGAAACAGGUUUACCAACAAAUUUAUG